AUGGAGGGACAAAAUAAUGAAGGGAAAACAUCAAAAAAAGAAAACAACUAUAAAUUUUUAAAUUCAGAUGAAAUAAAUAAUUUGGAAUACAUAUUUAAUAAAAUAAAGAAGAAUAAAAAUGAUAAUGUAUCAAUACAAAAUAUCCAUAAGUUUCUUUUAAAUAAUCAUAAUAAAGAUAUUUGUGACGAUUUGUUGGAAUUCUUUCAUAUAUAUGGAAGUACUAUAACGUUAGAUGAUUUUUUGAAUUCUUUAAAUUGUGACAUGAAUGAAUUUAAAUCAAAAGAAAAAGUAAAAAUGUUAUUUGAGUUAUUAGAUACAAAUAAGAAGGGUUAUAUUUCUUAUAAGAACUUUAUACAAUCUGCUAAGCAAUUUGAAGAUGAGUUUACUGAGGAUAUGUUAAAUGACAUCUUUCAUAUUAUGGACUUGAACAAUAAUAAUAAGAUACUUUUUGAUGAAUUCAAAAAUUCCAUAUCAAAUAUAUAA